UAUUACCAAAUAUUUUCUAGAAAAAUAAACUAAUUUUGGAGGUGAAUUUAUUUCGAAUUUAUUUCUAAUCUGUCAUCGAGAAGAAUAAGCGAUUCAAGUAUAAACAAAAGCGUGAUAAAAUAACGAAAUAAACAUUUAUUUUCUUCGGAUGAUAUAUAUUUAUUCCGAUGUCAUAAUUAAUUAAGAAAAUUGGUUACUGAUGUUGUUUAUAUACGUGUUCCAAAUUAUUGAACAUUAACUAGUUUACUUGUCGACUGAAAAUUAUCGACAAUGUCGAAAGUUAUGGUAUGGCUUUACUUAAAUUGCGUAGUAUCGUAUUAAAUUGUUCAAUAUUGUCUAAUCAGACACUUAAAAGCACAACUGACUACUUGUUCAAAUUUCCAAAUGCUUAUUCGAUAAGCCGAUACUGUUCAAAGUGUAACAUGAAAGUUCUUAAUGUUGCUGAAAAGCACGAUGCUGCUAAAAAUAUUGCUGCUUAUUUGUCACGUGGCACAAGUAAGAAGAGGGAAGGCUUUUCUGUUUAUAACAAAAUCUUUGAAUUUAAUAUACAAUUAUGGGGCCAAAAUUGUCAAAUGGUGAUGACAUCUGUAUCUGGCCAUUUAUUAGGCUACGAGUUUACAGGAGCGUAUCGUAAAUGGCAGGGCUGUCAUCCACUAAGCUUAUUUGAUGCUCCAGUAUCCAAACAGUGUUCGGAAGAAAAUUAUAUAAAGAUUAAGAGAACUCUGGAGCGAGAAAUACAGUCAUGUAAUGCAUUGAUUAUUUGGACAGAUUGUGAUAGAGAAGGAGAAAAUAUAGGUUUUGAGAUUAUACAAGUUUGUCAAGCAAUCAAAUCAAAUAUUCGUAUAUACAGGGCAAAAUUCUCUGAAAUUACAAGACAGUCUAUCGAAAGAGCUCUAACUACUUUAGGAGAACCAGAUAAGGCAACGAGCGAUGCUGUAGACGUAAGAAGCGAAUUAGAUUUAAGAAUUGGUGCUGCGUUCACGAGAUUUCAGACCUUAAGAUUACAAAGAGUAUUUCCUAAUACUCUCAGAGAUAUGCUUAUCAGUUAUGGAAGUUGUCAGUUUCCGACUCUUGGAUUUGUAGUCGAAAGAUUUCUAGCUAUUGAUCAAUUCAAGUCUGAGCCAUAUUGGAAAUUAAAAGUAACAGACGAUCGCGAUGGAAUAUUGGUAGAAUUCAGAUGGGCCAGAGUAAGAUUGUUCGAAAAGAUGCCUUGCCAGAUAUUUUUAGAUAUGUGUUUGGAACGGCCGGAUGCUACAGUGGAAAAAGUAACAUGCAAACCAAAAAGCAAAUGGAGACCUCUACCCCUGGAUACUAUUGAACUAGAAAAGCAAGGUUCCCGUAAAUUGCGCUUAAACGCGAAGGAGACAAUGAGAAUAGCAGAAAGAUUGUACACCCAAGGUCUCAUUAGUUACCCGCGCACUGAAACUAAUAUAUUUCCAAAAGAAUUGAAUUUAGCACCAUUGGUAGAACAACAAGUAAAUCAUCAAGUAUGGGGUGACUUUGCACGAGGUUUACUGGAAUCUGGAAUAACUCCCAGGCAAGGAAAGAAGUCUGAUCAAGCGCAUCCUCCUAUUCAUCCCACAAAAUAUACUGACAGUUUGCAAGGAAACGAAGCAAGAGUUUACGAAUUUGUAGUUCGACAUUUUCUAGCUUGUCUGUCAAAGAAUGCGGAAGGUCGUGAAACCACGGUGGAAAUUGAUAUAGCAAAAGAGAAAUUUAUAGCUAACGGUCUCGAAAUCAUAGCAAGGAAUUAUCUUGAUGUGUAUAUAUACGAUAAAUGGAACAAUAAGCAGAUUCAUUCUUAUGAGCAGAGGCAAGUUUUUAGACCGACCAGCAUAGACAUGGUGGAAGAGAAAACUUCACCGCCGAGUUUGCUGACUGAAGCAGAAUUGAUCGCGCUAAUGGACAAACACGGCAUUGGUACAGAUGCUACUCACGCCGAACACAUCGACACUAUUAAAUCCAGACAAUAUGUAGGUUUAACAGAUACUCAACAUUUCAUGCCGGGCAAGUUGGGAAUUGGUUUGGUCAUGGGAUACGACAAUAUGGGAUUCCAAAUGUCUAAACCGCAUUUACGUGCGGAUCUGGAAAAAGAUUUAAAAUUGAUAUGCCAGCGUCAGAAAGAUCCGGAUGAAGUGUUACGAAAUCAAAUCGACACUUAUCGCGAAGUGUUCAAAGUGGCAAUGGAACGCGCUAAUCUGAUAGAUGAAGCUUUAGCACAACAUCUUGAUGAGAGACCUACUGAAACCGAGCAAGUACAGUUUUCUUCGGUCGCAAACAUCACUAUUUUCAAAUGUCCAAAAUGUGGCUCUGAUAUGGUUUUGAAAGAAAGAAAGCAAGGCAAAGGAAAAUAUAUUAGUUGCAUGGGAUAUCCAACAUGUGUUAAUGUCAUCUGGUUCCCAGAAUCUGUAAAAGACAUAGAGAUUUUGAAUGAAACAUGCAAUCAGUGCACGGAAAAUAUUCACAAAUUGAAAUUCCAAUUAGUUAGGAAUGUGAUACCUUUGUAUGGUACUUCGCAUACAACUUGUAUAGGCUGUGAUACCGCAUUUAAUGAAAUAUUAAACAUAAAGCAGGAUUGUAUUAGGCAAACUGAAAGAGCAAAUACUAUUAAUAAUGAUAGGAGAAAUACAUCGAGUUUUACUUCUACUUCAAGUACAUCCCAAUCACAUACAUCUCAACGACAACAAUCGGUUUCUAAUAAUAUAAGAUCUGGUCAAAGUAACACUAUGAACUCAAUUGCAAGUUUUGGCACAUCUGGAGGACAUGCACAAAGUCAUAACUUUAGCGUCCCUCGACCAAAUAGGUCGAAUACCGUUCGUGAAAGUACAACAGUAUCAAAUAAUAGAGAAAGUACUACUUCGUGGAUUAAUACUAAUAAUUUAUCGGAUCAGUCUGCACCUAGAAAGCCUCGCAAUGUAGGCAAUAAAACUAGUGUAUGGGGUAAUAUUGAUAAUGAUGCAGAGAUUAUGUGCAACUGUCACGAGAUAGCAAUUCAGUUAACAGUAAGAAAAGAGGGACCAAAUAAAGGACGUUUGUUUUACAAAUGCGGUAAACCGCAAGGUAGCGGCUGCAAUUUUUUCUUGUGGGCAUCCGACAGCGCCGAAUCACGAGAUAACGCAGAGAAUGAACAUUCGAGUCGAGCAUCUAAUCUAAAUAGAAAUGAUGUUAAUGCUGGUCAUGCUUCUCGCGUUACCUCGAACGAUGAUUGGGGAAGUUCAUCGAUGAACGACACGAUUAUGUGUCAGUGUAAUCAACCUGCUCGAAAACUAACGGUUCAAAAAGACGGCCCCAAUAAGGGACGACAAUUUUACGGGUGUCCAAAAGGUAUGAACUCCACUUGUAAGUUUUUCAAGUGGGCAGACGAGAACGAUAUCGACAAUCGUGGAAAUACAGAUUGGAACAAUUUCAAUGUAAAUAGGGAAUCAAAUCAAACUCGUAACAGAGCCCCUGAAAGGGGUAGUGCUCCUAAAAGGCCUAGACUUGCUGGCACCAAGAGAAAGUGCAGCAAUUGUGGAAUAGAAGGACAUACAAAAAACAGAUGUCCGGAAAAAUAAGCGAAUUUUUUCAAUAUAAUAAUAUUGUAAAUGUACAAUUGUACAGUGCAUAUAAUGUACAGUUAAUAAUGCGACUAAAAUUGUAAAAAGUUCAAGUACGACAAAGCAGUGUCAAACACGACUUUCUCUAAGACUUGAAAUUUGUGUUCUUUUAAAUUGAUUUAUUUUUGACUUUUUAAGCGAGAACUUAAAUUAAAUGAUGUAUAUUUGUA